CCAGUUGACACAUUGAACUAUUUCUUUCUCGCACUUUGGUUUUUCACCUGCAGCAGAUCGAAAGCUCGAUUUAGAUUUCUGCCCAGGCGAGUUGGCGCGUCGCGAAUUACUGGUUAGCAUGCUAGAUUUUUACGAUGUGGAAUCGAAGCGUUAAAGCAUUCACGCGUUCGUAUGGGACUCCAAAAUGGCGUGCAAUAGCUCUGGCAUCUAUGGUCUUAUUUGCUUUCGCUUAUUUUACGACCAAGAGAGGGGACUCAUUCCCUUCAUCCGAUCUAAUAAACACUAAAAGAGCAAGUUAUCAAUCUUCAGUCCAAUUCAAUCCUUCUCUGGAGUUGCUGAAUGGUACUGAUGUCAUCUGGCAAAUCCCUGAUUCGCCAAAGGCUGCUCUUUUCAUAGCUCAUGGUUGUGGUGUCAGAGCCGCAAAUUUCUGGGACAACUACCCGGGAUGUCCAAACUGCAUUGGGUUGCCUGAAGAAAGGAUCUUUGUGCUUCGUUCUUUGGAACGAAAAUUUGCAGUGUUGACCAUUUCUAGCUUGGAUAGAUGCUGGUCAUUUGAUGAAAUAAAAAAUGUUAAAUGGAUCAUCAAGUGGUGGAUCAAAACAAACAAGCUUGGGACAAUCCCCUUGGUGGCUAUGGGGGCAUCAUCUGGUGGUUACUUCGUUUCUGCACUUGCUGCUGAGAUGAGAUUCCACAGCAUUGCAAUUAUGAUUUCUGAAGGAACAUUUGCAUCGAUGGGUGUGCUAAAGGACUAUCCCCCAACCCUUUUCGUUCACAUGCCUAAGGACCAAGUUACAAUGUUGAGGAUACAAAAGAACAUGAGAGUUUUGAGGCAGAAUGGAGUUGCUGUGAGCGAGAUCAGAUGCAUGGAAUUUCCUUUGUCUCCAGAUCUGCUAUCGGAUAGGAUCCCCAGGUUGAACAAGACAUUUUCUAUCAAAUUGUAUGAUGUGUUUCGUGAGAAGGGAUUCGUCAAUCAAAAUGGUUAUUUGAAGAAUGAUGGGCGGCAAAUUCAGUGGAAGGAGGCUCUUAUUGAAAGGGAUAUGAUCUCAGAAAAUUAUGAGUUGCUUAAACAUAUUGACGAGGAGUUAAAUCUUGCAUUUGCAUUACAUGAACUGACCAGUUUCCAAGCACAUGAAAUUCUUUUUUGGUUUGAGUCCCAUAUGAACCCAUCAAUGGGUUCCUAGAUUCACGGUUCUUAUGGCUUUUACAUUAACUGAUCUCCAUGGGAUUACCAGAUUACAAUAUUUUCUGUGGAAAUGCUAAAUCUUGGUGAAAAAAGAAACCAAGAACAACUGAAGUUUGAGUUUCUUUGGAAUGGAAAGGGCUGAAUGUUUAAGUUGUAACAACUGGAAUUUUCUUCUGGUGAAUUUACCUUAGCCAUGAUGAGACAAGUCAAAAUUUCCAGCUUUUUGCUUGUAGUGAGGAAACUUCUAUAUUGUCAUUCAUUAUUUGUGAGAUUCUCCCUCGCGAUCAAAAGUACUAUCACCAUUGAUGAAGGAAGCUUCAGCGACAAAAUGGAAUCAAUAUCAUUGGUAAAACCUGUGAAGGAUCAAAGAUUUCAACAUUAGAGAAACGCGGUCAUCUCCUCCGCCGAUGAAGUAUAUCUUGUGAUUCAGUAUACAACCAGCUAAAUUUUCUGUCUUAUGCAUCAAAGUAGGGCAAGAUGCCAUUACAUCAUUCCUUCCAUUAUAGCACUCAACCCUAGAUUUUCUUUCUUAUACAUCAAAGUGUGGCAAGAGGUUAGUACAUCAUUCCUUCUAUUAUAGCACUCAACUUUAGAAAUAAAAAGAAAGAAAGUUGGUAUGUCAAGCAAUGAUAAAAAAAAAUUAUAAAAGAAAAGGGUGUACCCAUGUGUGUCCAAACUAUCUAUAUUGUACAACAUUGUCAUCCAUACUAACAGCAGAAGCACAAGAAUAAGCACAACUCAUGGACUUAUGGGAAGUUAAAAUGUCCAGUGCUGAUGAGAAAGAGCGCAAGGUUGAUAAUUAGGAAAUGUCAUUGUAACCACCAAGAUAUAUGACUUGCUUUGGAACUAAACAAUCCACAACAAGUUUGUCAAGCAAAAUAGAACAAAAUGGUACAUACAUUCAAAAUAAAUCAAUAAAUUUUAUAAUUACACCAGUUGAAUUGAUUAUGCUCAAAGGUGCAAAAACUAGAGAGAGACAAAAGAAAAUUCUACUUAAUACUGGACAUAAAAGAUCUGAAUGCCAACAACCAUAAUUAAAGAGGGGACCACACAUUGAUCUGCCACUAAUAGUUGGACUGUAAACUUUCAUAAAAUAUCAUUGCAGGGUUUGCCUCUGCCUACCAUAGAAUUCACAAGACUACCAUUGUUUUUUAUGUUUAGCAAAUUAUUUUUUAAAAAAAUGAUAACAUAAGACAGAUUGUAAAUUUAGUCUACUUAGAUCAUAUUCUACCAUUGAACUCAAAUACUCAAUAAAUUAUUGGUGUUGGCAUUCAUGUCCAGUAUUAAGUAAAGUUUUCUUUUAUCUCUCUACUUCUUGCACCUUCAAGCAUAAUCAAUUCAACUUGUGUAAUUAUAAAAUCCAUUGAUCUAUUUUGGAUGUCUGCACUAUUUUGUUCUAUUUCCCUUGACAAAUUUACCGUGAGUUGUCUAGGUCCAGAGCAUGUUAUAUAUCUUAGUGGUUAUAAUGACAUUUUCUGAUUAUCAACCUUGCGUUCUUUCUCACCAUCACUGGACAUUUUAACUUUUCAUAAGUCUACGAGUUGUGCUCAUUCUUAUACUUUUGCUGUUAGUAUGGAUGAUAAUAUUGUACAACACAAGUAGUUUGGAUACACUUUUUUCUUUUGUAAUUUUUUUUUCAUUAUUGCUUGACGUAUUAAUUUUUUUUUUUUAUUUCUAAGUUGAGUGUUAUAAUGGAAGGAAGGAUGUAUUGACCUUUUACCCCACUUUGAUGCAUAAGAAAGAAAAUCUAGUUGAUUAUACAUUGGAUGAUAAGAUAUACUCGAUGGGUGGAGGAGAUGGCAAUCAGUGUUUCUCUGAUAUUUAAAUCUUUGAUCCUGCAUGGAAAAGUGGCUCCACAGUCAACCAAUGCUGGUCUAUUGUUGUAUCUAUAUCCUUUUCCUUAUCUUUAAAAUAAAGGUGUACUGAAGGUCAUGACAGAUCAUGAUAACAUGCUUGCUGAUGUGAUACAUAAAGAAAAUUUCUAAAAAGACUAUAUGCUAAUCUCAUAUGGCUAGCUUCAUAGUCAUCUGGAGGUAAAUCAAGAAAUUGAAUAAGCUAUCACAUACGAGAGUAUUUCUAUCAACUUUGUAAACGAUAUUUGUACAGCUCAAUUAAGAAACUUAAUGGCA